AUGAGUACACCUACUAAUAAUAAACGUGUUAAUCACUUAGUUGUCGAUUCAAGUGCAUUUAUUAGACAAGCACCAUUACAUAAUUUAACUGAUGUUGUCUAUACCGUUGAAGAUGUUGUCAAAGAAAUACGUGAUUUGAAAACACGCGAAUCUCUCAAUGUAGUUCCGUAUACAUUGAAGUUUAAAGAACCAAGUACUGAUGCAAUUCGUUGCGUAACAAAUUAUGCAAAGAAAACAGGUGAUUAUACAUUUUUAUCAGCAGUAGAUCUGCGUUUAUUAGCAUUGACUUAUCAACUUUAUCAAGAAAAUGUUGGUACAGAAAAUUUAAAUUUAGAGCCAAAAAUAAAUGCUAGUGUACUCAGUUCAACUGUUACAGUCGGUAAUACUGGUGUCAAAUUAGCUGGCUUUAUUUUCCCAAAGAAUGAAGAAAAACAUGAUGAUCAGAAAUCGGAAAAAUCAUCAACAAAUGAAAAUCAAGCUGCAAAAGAAGACGAAAUCGGUGAAAACAAUGAUGAGAACGAACAACAAGAACAAAAAGAAAAUGAUGAUGAUGAUGAUGAUGAUGGUGGUUAUAAUGAUCACGAAGAAGAAGAUGUUCAAUCAUUUGUUACUGCAGUUGAUAAUGAAAAUGAUAUUACAGAAUCAAUAAAUGAUCUUCAUCUUGGUCAUGAUGAUGAUGGUUGGAUAACUCCAUCGAAUGUUCAAGCCGUUAAAGCGAAAGCUUUCAAUCAUGGAGCAUCAGACAAUAGUGAAACAAUAAGUGAAACUCUCCCUGUUGCUUGUAUUACUACUGAUUUCUCGAUGCAGAAUGUUCUCAUUCAAAUGGGUAUUCCAGUUCUUUCUGUUGAUGGUCUUCUCAUUAGAACAGCUCGCAGUUAUGUCUUGAAGUGUCGUAUUUGUCCAGGUGUUACUCUUCAAAUGACUAAAAAAUUCUGUCCCGAAUGUGGUAAUCCAUCUUUACAACGUGCCAGUGUUAGUGUCGAUGUAUCCGGACAAAGACAUUAUCACUUAACAGGCCGUUUUCGACCAAAACCUCGUGAAUCAUUGCCUUUACCUCGUGGUGGUAAACAUUCAAACAAUCCGAUACGUGUUGAAGGUCAACCACGACCACAAAAUAAACCAACUAGAAAAUCAUUGAUGAAACGAAAUGUGCUCGACGAGGAUUAUCUUGCUGGUUCAUCGCCAUUUGCUGUUCACGAUAUUUAUAGUCGUGCAGCAACACUCGUGUCCGUGUCCGAUUUUGAUCAGUCCGAGAUAUUGGAUAUAAGUCCAACGCUAUUGACACGUGAUUUCAUCGGUCUAUGUAUUGGUAUUCUUUCUGUUGUGCUUGUCAUUCUUGUCGUAGUUAUAUGCAAAUGGUCUCGUUGUCUAUGUUUAAAACAUAAUUAUGAUAGUGAUGAUCAACAUGAAGUACUUUCAUCUAUUCUACAACAAACGGCAUCAACAUCCGACUCACAGUCAAGACGUCAUUGUCAGAAUAAUCGUUAUUCUCGUCAUUCAUUACCGUCACCACCGCCGCCAUCACGAUCGUUACAUAACCAAUGGUCAGCAUCAUCAUCAUUAUAUUAUAGCCGUCCUGGUAGUGUGUAUCGACAAAUAAGUAAUGGUAGAUAUGACUUUAUUCCGCCGAUGGAAAUAGGUAAUAAUCAGUAUCGUAUAAAUGAUGUGAAAGUACCUCGUAUUACAAUAACAACACUGCCUAUACAACCUUCACAACAACUAGUUCCACGUCUUUCAAUCAGUCCACAAGGAUCCGGUUCAUCAAUUACACGCGGUUCAGAUUCAUUUAAAUAA